AUGAAAGUUUGUUUGUUUCAAGUAAUAUUUCCAGCUCGAUCUAUAAUCAUCUAUUUCAAUUCUACUACAUUCAAUUCAACUCUCAGAACUAAAGUACUUUAUAUUAAAUCUAGAGAUUAA